AUGUUAGCGACGUCUGUCCAACCACUGGAGCGGUCAGCGUCGCAGAGCACGCUGGGGGACAGCACUAACCCAGUCCAGCAGGAAAAACACAUUAAAAAUGAAAUAGCUCUCAGUGUUGAGCUGGAACGAAGUCAUUACUUCACCAAGAAUGACGUGCAGCACAGACUCGGAGAGGACUUCUUCAGACAGCCUUGUAUUAGCUUGGCUAAAGCUUUCCUGGGGAAGGUGCUGGUGCGCAGGUGUGCGGACGGGACUGAGCUGCGAGGGACGGUGGUGGAAACGGAAGCCUACCCGGGGGGGGAGGACAAGGCGUCACACUCGGCGGGAGGCAGGCGCACAGAGAGGAACGCGGCCAUGUUCAUGAAGCCGGGCACCAUCUACGUGUACCCGAUCUACGGCAUCUACCUCUGUAUGAACGUGUCCAGCGAAGGGGAGGGGGCGGCUGUGCUGCUGCGGUCACUGGAGGCCCUGCAGGGCCAGCCCGUCAUGAGGGAGCUGAGGGCAGCCUGACGCAAGGAGGGAGCCCGCCAGCUGAAGGACAAAGAGCUGUGCAACGGGCCCUCCAAGCUCUGCCAGGCUCUAAACAUACCUCGCUGUUUCGACCGGAGAGACUUGGCCUCGGACCCGGAGGUGUGGCUGGAGAGGAGUCCAGACAUCGCCCCGGCCGGACCGCCGGACGUAGUGUCGGCCCCGCGCGUUGGAAUCGACUCGCACGGAGAAUGGGCCAGGAGGCCGUGGCGGUUUUAUCUGCGCGGUCACCCCUGUGUUAGCGUAGUGAAUAAAGAAGCA